GCCACAGUAACAGUAAACGGAAACGUAAACAAACCAAUAUUCCGAUUUUUUUCUUCGUUUUAAAUUUUUAUUACUUUGCCAGAGCAUUCGACAUGGAGAAAAUGUAUGGCAAGGACGAUCGAUCCAAGGACAAUCGCAAGAAUAUGAAGCAGCACAAAUAUUACAAUAAGCAACAGCAACAACAACAGCAACAGCAGCAGCAACAGCAGCAGCAGCAUAAUCGUGGAGGAAACACCUCCUCCAGUUCACCACAGACGACAGCGAUGCGCAGUAUUGUUGAUGUGGCCGAUUCGAGCGAUGAGCCGCGAUUCGCUCGCAAGGGUUGGUCAAGCGGCACCCGUUCGAUUGCCCCGCAGAAGAAUCGCGAUAUGCUGGACACACUGCCCGACGAGGACACCACCGAUAUGGAUGUGGACGCACAUCUGGCGGAUGGUACACCAAUCGAUGAGAAUGCACGCGCACAACUCCGUGCCGGCGACUACAAGCAGAUGUCGCAAUUUCCCAGCAUGGGCGGCGGCCACUUCACCUUUGGCGCCGAAAAGGAAUGGAACAACAUUGCCGAGGGCCAAACACAGUUGCACACAAAGUCGGCGCGGAGCUAUUUCACACUCAAUCUCAGUCUGCUCAAUUGCGGGCUGCAGACGAUACCAUUUUACAAGCGCAUGGAUUAUGCCACCGACAUGUUUACGCGCCAGCAGAUUGCCGCACAAAAUGAGGCAGCGGAGCGCGCAGAGCGCGUCUAUAUGGAUCGGGUGCUGCGCGAAUCGAAUGGCAAUCGCACGCCUAGCGCCACCAAAUCACGUGGAAACUCUGCCAAAUCCACAAAGGAUGUGCAGCCAGCGGCGGUGGCGUCACCUAAUAAUGCACCGCCCGAUGAGCUGGAUGAGCUGCUGGCGCUGACCGAAAUCUCCCCGGCAGCCACUACAAAUGCUGGGCAAACGCUGGGAAUUGCCGCUGUUACGCCGGUGGUGCAACCGGCAACGCCAACGAGUGCCACCAAAAACGAUGUCGAACAGUGGCUGGACAGCGUCCUCGACGAGUGAAAUGUUAUUUGAAAUGUAUUCUGCCUCAGCUCACGCAUUUAGCCAGCUUGAUUAGCUAUUUGUUGCAUGCAGCAUUGAAAUUUCAAUAAAUAGAAGGCAAGUGCUUAAAUUGCCGUUACAUUUGCCAUUA